UCUUAAACUAAUGAUAGUUUUUAUUCGGUUUUUUUUAAAAUAAUAUAUAUCAUUUAUAAUUACACUUCAUAUUUGAUCCAUGUAGUUUAUGUAGUAAUUGUAAUUGUUUAUCUCUAAGUUCGAUCUACUGGAUCGAUAACUUCCCAGAAGUUAGGUGCUGGUGGUUGCUGCUCACAAAACGAAAAAAGGGCGGGAAUCAACACAUUUUGUUAGGUGAUAGAAUGAAUGAAGGAAUGAAUAAAAUUCAUCCAAUCAAGCUGUUAUAAUCAUCUACAGCCAGUCUUGUUCAUCAAGUCAGUCAUGUUGGGAUUACCAAGAAGAUGGCUAAGACAAUUGUACUAUCUAUCGGGAUUCUUAGUGGUUGCCAUUAUAUUAAUCGCUGUUGCUAAUCAACAACAUGUCAUACAUAUUCAAGAUUAUAUUCCUAUAAGUUUAACUCCUUCAUUUUUCCAACCUUCCGCUGAUCUGUACAUAGUUGAUAUUGCCAUUAAGGAUUGUUAUACUUACAAUAGUGGUAAUAAGAAUUGUGGAGUUCCUAAAUUAAGUGAAGGUAAAUUCGGUAAAAUAACAACUGAAGAUAUCGGUCAAUGGAUCAAGAUUGAUAAGGAUUUAGCUUUAGGAUCAGGAUGGUUUAAAAAGCAAUUCUUUUCUUAUAAGGCAAUUCAAUCACUGGCUUUAAGUGAAAUCGAUACUAGUAAAGAAGAAGAUGGUAACAAAUUAGUCGUGAUUGAUAUUGCUAUUUCUAAUCCAAGUGAAGAUUCUAAAAUCAAAGGAAAUGAAAAACUGAAAAUCCCACAGUAUAUCUUAGAUCAUUUCCAUUCCAGUAAGAUAUUUGGUGAUUCAGAUCAUGAAGAUUUAAUCGAAAAGGCCAAAGCUUCUGAAAAGAAUCCUACCAAGAUUGAUUUGGAUAGAGAUAAGGAAAAUUCUACUUCCAAGAAACUUAAUGAUUUAGUGGAAAAGGAAAAGGCAGAAGCAGAGGCUGCUGAAGCUGCCAAAGAAAAAGAAUUCGAAGAAGUCAUAGCCCCUCAAGAUCCAAAUAAUGAUGUUGUGCCUGAAAAUGAAGAAGAUAACGAUGAUGAAAAUGAAACCAAUGAUAAUGACAAAGAACCAGAAUCAAAUGAAGAAUCUCCAAAAGAAAAGAGAGCAGUUGAAAUCAGUAGACAUGAUUUAAGCAGAACUAUGUAUAUUCCAUCUAAAGAAGAAAUAGCCAAAUCAGGUUGGAAGUAUAAAUCCAAUGGUGUAUGGUUGAAAUAUGGUCCUCCAUCUGAUAAUGCUGUAACUGGUAUUGAUAUUUUAUUUGGUGAAGAUUCGGUUGAUCCAAGACCUAAUUGGAGAUUAAUUAAAGAUGGAUCAUUAACUGAUGUAAAUACUCAAAAUGAUAAACGGGCUUAUUUAAGUAUUAGAAAAGGAGAUAAAGUCAAUUAUAAAUUACCAAAAUAUCAAUCACCAUUAAAAGUGAAUAAAAAUGGGAAAUUUAAAAUCUUACAAGUGGCAGAUUUACAUUUUUCUACUGGAGUUGGUGAAUGUCGUGAUCCAGUACCAGGAAGUUCUAAGAAAGGAUGUGAGGCAGAUCCAAGAACAAUUCAAUUCCUUGAAAAAGUAUUGGAUAUUGAAAAGCCAGAUUUCGUGGUUUUAACCGGUGAUCAAAUAUUUGGUGAAACUGCCCCUGAUGCAGAAACUGCUGUGUUCAAAGCCCUUUAUCCAUUUAUUAAAAGAAAGAUUCCGUUUGCCGUGACUUUAGGUAACCAUGACCUGGAAGGUUCAUUAAAAAGAAGUGAAAUCAUGAGUCUCUCAUCUAAUUUACCAUUUUCAUUAUCAUCUUUAGGUCCUGAGUCUGUAGAUGGAUAUGGAAAUUAUGUCUUAACUGUUGAAGCACCACUUUCUCGUAAUCCGGCUAUGUCAUUAUACUUUUUAGAUAGUCAUAGUUAUUCCCAAAAUCCAAAGGUUAAUCCUGGUUAUGAUUGGAUUAAAGAAAGUCAAUUACAGUUUGUUGAAGCUGCUCAUGCUGAUUUGAAAAAGGCAAUUGAUGCUUAUACUCAUAUUCAUUUAUCAAUGGCAUUUUUCCAUAUCCCGUUACCAGAAUAUAAAAAUCUUAAUCAACCAUUCAUUGGUGAACAUAGAGAAGGUAUAACUGCUCCAAGAUAUAAUACAGGAGCAAGAGCAGUAUUAGGAAAACUUGGAGUAAAAGUCAUUAGUGUUGGACAUGAUCAUUGUAAUGAUUAUUGUUUACAAGAUAUUCAAGAUAAAGAUACAGAUCAAGAAAAUAAGAUGUGGUUAUGUUAUGGAGGUGGUGUAGGAGAAGGUGGGUAUGGAGGUUACGGGGGUUAUGUUAGACGGUUAAGAGUAUUUGAAAUCAAUACCAAUAAUGCUGAGAUUAAAUCUUGGAAACGUGCAGAGAAUGAACCUGAAAGAGAUUUCGAUACUCAAAUAUUAGUCACUGAUGGUAACGUUGUAAAUUAUUGAAUAAUUUUGUUUUGUUUUGUAUAUUUAUAUAUAUAUUGUUUGCAUUUUCUCCUAGUUGUCUCAUACUGUGAUCUAGUUGUAUAUUACGUA